AAAGAUAUACCAAUCGUUGAAGAAAUUUUAAUUUUAACCAAUCAGAGAUGAAUAUUAAUUUAGUUAUGUAUGAUAAUUCUUCAAAAAUUGGUUUAUUCGUCCAAUGAAAAUUUUCCCCUUAAACAAGAUCUGCUAUAAAUAAGGUACAAUUCUUGUACAACUUGUAAAUCUACUUGUACAACUUGUAAAUCUACGAAAAUGAAUACUUUAGUAACUAUCAAAGACGGUGAUGCAGUUCUUAGAGCACAGGGGAAGUUUGGAGACAACUUGACCGUAGGGAUAAAUAGCCACAACGGAAAAACAUGGGUCCAUUUGAGACAAACAGCAAGAAAUGGCCAACAGAAAAGCUUCUCUAUUAAGGCGGAAGAAUACAUCCAACUCAUGAGGAUGGUAGAUGCCGAGGCAAUUAAAUCGCUCGAUGAAAGUUUUGAAAAACAGAACAGUGUGAGAGUACAGGAGGAGGAAGAAGCGCUCAGAUGUCUGGAACAGCAGACCUCAGAGGAGAAGACUCAGCCACCUCAGAAGAAGAGGAAACUGCCAGCCAAGAGACUGGACUAUGUGGAUCUGUCAGACGACGAGAGGGAUUGAGAGAAGUGUGCCUGGACAGGCAAUGCAUUUCAGACACCAUCAAUAUUUUACUUCGUACACCAAUAUGCUCAAUACUAACAAGAGACGCCAUUAUAAAACUUCCAUCAAAUUUAUUAUUUAAGAUUUAUCAACGUUUGGGGAUGGACAUCAGCGAAUUUCAACAGACAGAUUUACUUUUUUUAGUACAAGAAAUUUUAUGGCAGAGAGUUGUAACAAUUGACAAUUGUAAUCUAUUUGAAAAUAUGUGUUGUUCAUUAAUAAGAUUAGGUGGGAAUUUAACUUUUCGGGAACUUUCGUUUUUGUUAAGGAACUACAAAUUGGAAUUUUUGGAUGUGUUGAUGGAGCUUUACCCUCGUAACUACUGGCAUGAUAUAAUUAGUGCAAUAAGGAGGGAUCGUUGUGUAUUUUAAAUAAUCUGUAUACAAUAUAGCACGUUUACUGUAUUGGUAAUUUUAUAUGCCAAACAUAUGAUAUUGUAUUGCGCUCCUUGUGAACACUGCAGUGUAGAGAUAUUGGUGUAUGUUUUAUUUUUUUUAGUACAAUAUAACACAUAUACUAAUCCAUUGAUGGAAUUUUAUCCUCAUAAUUAACGGCAUGGUAUACUUAGUGCAAAA